AUCCAAAUUCGAAAAAGGAUUAAGCACGUCAAAGAAUUUAAUGAUAUUCUGGUAAUAUUCUGAUAUCCUGAAACAAUGAAAACGGAUGUUGAUAUAUUAUUGUGACGCACACAACAAAACAAGUACGGCACAAACUAAACCUAAUCGUUGAACUUAUCGGAUAUUUAAUGGAAAACUAUAUUUGGAACUUGCGUCACAUCUUUUUCUUUGUGGCAAUAAUUCAACUACCACUCGCUAUGACGCUUUAUGAAGAUCUCAGUGGUAGAUGCUUAGAUCACGUACAGUCAAAACAUUUUAAAACUCUGAUACCAAACAUAUCUUACAGAGCGACACCUUACCCAUAUGUGACAAAAGACACCAUUAUAACAUUGGAAUGUACCGGCUCUGUCAAGAUUAAUCACCCAAACCAAGGAUAUAUGACAAGGGUGGAAUUUCGUAAGAACGAUAAUGACCUACACAAAUGUGAAGUUGAAGAAGUUCUUCGUUAUAAAACUCUCUCCUGCAGUGUUACAGUCACUGGGGUUACCAAAGACGAUAAAUUCAUGUGUCUUCUUACUGCAAGUAAAGCGCCAUGUAACGCUGCUGAAGUGAAUUUCACAGUCACUGAUGCGUUAGCUCCAAAAAUUUUACGUAUGUCGGUUCAAAUUAACCCACGAAAACUGGAAGUCUCGUGUAUUGGUUCUGGGAUACCUAAACCUGAUGUAAAGUGGUUAUUGAAUGGCUCAAGGAUCAAUUCCACGAGCACUUGGAAGGAGAGGAUGAGUGUUAAUGUUGAUACCAAGCCUAUCGAUAAUGUGAAUGGGGAAAAUGCUUUUUUUGUUAACUCAACAGUUGCUAUCGUUGGCAGAAAAUUUUCCUUAUGCAUUCAAUGCGUAGCCAUAAGUACGUUAGACAGAGUGUAUUCUAAAAAGGUGUUCGUACUAUAUGUCGAAGUUGUGAGUUUGAAAUUGACCGUUGCUUCCGUCCGUUGGGUUGGGCAUCCUGAUUUAAAUACAACGUCUACUAGCUACAAUGUUUCUUUGAAGAGUGAGAAACAACGUCACGAAAUCAUUAGAAGGUACCAUGAAUCAAGCGUUACAUUCGGCAACUUGACAAUGAGAGAAACAUACACCGUAAGCAUCGAAUCUGUAACGGAGAAAGGUGAUUCGGUAAUCGGCACCGUUCAGUUUUACUCGCCAGGUAAACUUGCAAAGCCAAACCAAAUUUUCCCAGCAAAGAUAUCGUCAGUUGCGGCGGAAAUUAGGUGGGAGAAGAUUCAGGCUGACGCGAAGUUUUACGGUGUUUUGUUGGGAUACAAAGUUUUUUUGUAUGGCAAGAACCGAGAGUUCAACGUAACUUUAUCCAAUGAUAGCAUUGAUUACACGCUACCAGCUUUAGUAAAAAAAUCGAAAUAUGCUGUUUGGGUUCGUGGUUUUACCCGGUAUGGCGAUGGAAAUACAUUGAAAUACAACUUUACAACAUUGGAUACAAUUCCUUCACCAACCAAUGUGGAUGUUACCAUUCUUUCGGUUGAUUCCGCUGUGGUUCAGUGGAAGAUUAUUGAGCAACAUGAAGAGUUCGAUGUCAUUACUGGUUACACUGUUACUCUAAGAAACGGAAAUCUUUCUUACGACACGAAAACGUCUAGCGAGAGUUCGUUCGUCGCCUUAAAUGAUCUUUCUCUAAAUACUAACUACACAGUCUCGGUUGCUGGGUUGAGCGGCGAAACGAAAGGGAGAUCCAGCAACUGGAUAAGUUUCACACACGUUGAUCCUAAAAGCGGAAAACGAAUUGGUGAAACCAUCACAGAACAGAACACGUCUUUGAUAAUUAUUAUCAUAGCUGUCGCCAUAACUUGUAUGACGGUUAUAUGUAUUCUGGUUAUAUUUGUUGUGCGAUCUCGAAGAAGAAACAGAAUGAUGAAAAAAAAUAAUGAUAUGGUUUUAAAUACUGUGAAAACUUCCUGCAAUAAUAAUCUUCGAAUCCUCUACCCAGAAUAUUACGAAGAAGAUGCAUCAAGUGUUUCUGAUGCUUUGCCACCAUGGGAACUCAAUCGUGAUCGUUUGGAUGUUUUGGACAACACAUUGGGAGGAGGUUAUUUUGGGCUUGUCAAAGAAGGCAUAUUAAGGAAAUCGUUUUCAAAUUAUGAUCAGCAUCAAGCCAUACAAGUGGCCGUAAAGACGUUAAAAGUCAAUCGUGGACAAAACAAUUGGAAUGAAUUGCUGAGGGAAUUUGAUAUCCUAAAAUACGUGAGUGAAGAUGGACAUGAAAAUAUUAUCAAACUUAUUGGUGGAUGUACAAAAACAGUUCCAGUAUUAUUGAUCAUGGAGUUUUGCCCACGAGGAAAUCUUAAAGAUUUGCUACAAGAGAGUCGAACAAAUGAAGAACCGCACCAACAAUAUAUUAAUAUUUAUUCCUCACUCACUGAACGACAGCUCAUUAAUUUUGCUGUCGACAUAGCGAGAGGAAUGAAAUUCUUGUUCGAGAAAAAGGUCGUUCAUCGAGAUAUCGCAAGCCGCAACAUACUCUUGAAUGAACAGCUUGUGCCUAAGAUCGCUGAUUUUGGGCUGGCACGAAGAAUUGACGUCACUGCGCAGUACGUUAUAAACAAAAACAAAAUGCUACCUGUUAAAUGGAUGUCAAUAGAAGCUUUGGAAGAAAGCCGUUUCACUGCAGCUUCAGACAUAUGGUCCUAUGGUAUACUCUUAUGGGAGAUUUGCACGCUUGCUGAAGAGCCUUACCCAGACGUUUCACCCUAUGAUAUAUUGGAAUACCUACAUGAUGGUGAAAGAAUGGCCAAACCAGAACAUUGCAGCAACGAAAUAUUCUCGUUAAUGGCAAGAUGUUGGAAAGAAGUUCCUGAAGAGAGGCCAAGUUUUAGUGAAAUUUACAACUCCCUGCUGAAUAUGCUUAACUUAAAUAAGGUUGUCUACAUAAACGUAAAACCUUACAUGGAAGUGAUGGAAACAAUUUUGCCAAAACGUGAAAACAUCUCUGGAGAUCCGACAUUGGGGGUGACGCAAUUUGACGAAAAUUCUUCAAGAGAUAGUGGAGUAUAUGACACUGCUUUUUAAUGAUGUAUAUUUUACCUAUUGGAGAAGAGUAUACUAUGGGGCUGUUUACAUGAGCCCGGUUAUCCGAGAUUCAACGAAGCGUGAGAGGACUUUGAUGUAUUGAAAUAAGUCUUUAUGACACCAAACAAGCACAUGCUAUUGUUGUGGUGAUUAUGGAACUGCCAGGAUCAUCUUAUCUGCUCAUUUCAAUACCUCAAAAUCUCACGCUUCGUUGAAUCUCGGGUAACCGGGCUCAUGUAAAUAGUAAUAGUAUAAACUAAUAAUGCAAAUUUUAAAAACUGUGUCUGUCACAUCAUAAUUGCUGAUUAUCAAAUAAUCUAGCUAAAAGCAGGCAGUGCGGUUAUUACAUAUCUGGAUUUUGUUUAUAAUAAAUCCGGUAUAACUAGAUGAGCACAUAUAUUCAAUCAUCGUAUCGUAUGUAUUGUUAU